GACAGGUGUGAUAUAUUUAGAGACAGGUGUGAUAUAUUUAGAGACAGGUGUGAUAUAUUAGGAGACAGUGACAGGUGUGAUAUAUUUAGAGACAGGUUUGAUAUAUUUAGUGACAGGUGUGAUAUAUUUAGUGACAUGUGUGAUAUAUUUAGUGACAGGUGUGAUAUAUUUAGAGACAGUGACAGGUGUGAUAUAUUUAGAGACAGUGACAGGUGUGAUAUAUUUAGUGACAGAUGUGAUAUAUUUAGAGAGAGGUGUGAUAUAUUUAGUGGCAGUGAUAGGUGUGAUAUAUUUAGUGACAGGUGUGAUAUAUUUAGAGACAGUGACAGGUGUGAUAUAUUUAGUGAGAGAUGUGAUAUAUUUAGAGACAGGUGUGAUACAUUUAGAGACAGCGACAGGUGUGAUAUACUUAGAAACAGGUGUGAUAUAUUUAGUGACAGUGACAGGUGUGAUAUAUUUAGAGACAGGUGUGAUAUAUUUAGAGACAGUGACAGGUGUGAUAUAUUUAGUGAGAGAUGUGAUAUAUUUAGAGACAGGUGUGAUACAUUUAGAGACAGCGACAGGUGUGAUAUACUUAGAAACAGGUGUGAUAUAUUUAGUGACAGUGACAGGUGUGAUAUAUUUAGAGACAGGUGUGAUAUAUUUAGAGACAAGUGUGAUAUAUUUAGUGACAGGUGUGAUAUAUUUAGUGGCAGUGACAGGUGUGAUAUAUUUAGUGACAGUGACAGUGACAGGUGUGAUAUAUUUAGAGACAGGUGUGAUAUAUUUACAGACAGUGACAGGUGUGAUAUAUUUAGUGACAGUGACAGUGACAGGUGUGAUAUAUUUAGAGACAGGUGUAAUAUAUUUAGUGACAGUGACAGGUGUGAUAUAUUUAGUGACAGUGACAGGUGUGAUAUAUUUAGAGACAGGUGUGAUAUAUUUAGUGACAGUGACAGUGACAGGUGUGAUAUAUUUAGAGACAGGUGUAAUAUAUUUAGUGACAGUGACAGGUGUGAUAUAUUUAGUGACAGUGACAGGUGUGAUAUAUUUAAUGGCAGUGACAGGUGUGAUAUAUUUAGUGACAGUGACAGGUGUGAUAUAUUUAGUGACAGUGACAGGUGUGAUAUACUUAGAAACAGGUGUGAUAUAUUUAGUGACAGUGACAGGUGUGAUAUAUUUAGAGACAGGUGUGAUGUAUUUAGUGACAGUGACAGGUGUGAUAUAUUUAGUGACAGUGACAGGUGUGAUAUAUUUAGUGACAGUGACAGGUGUGAUAUACUUAGAAACAGGUGUGAUAUAUUUAGUGACAGUGACAGGUGUGAUAUAUUUAGAGACAGGUGUGAUGUAUUUAGUGACAGUGACAGGUGUGAUAUAUUUAAUGGCAGUGACAGGUGUGAUAUAUUUAGUGACAGUGACAGGUGUGAUAUAUUUAAUGGCAGUGACAGGUGUGAUAUAUUUAGUGACAGUGACAGGUGUGAUAUACUUAGAAACAGGUGUGAUAUAUUUAGUGACAGGUGUGAUAUACUUAGAAACAGGUGUGAUAUAUUUAGUGACAGUGACAGGUGUGAUAUAUUUAGAGACAGGUGUGAUGUAUUUAGUGGCAGUGACAGGUGUGAUAUAUUUAGUGACAGUGACAGGUGUGAUAUAUUUAGAGACAUGUGAUAUAUUUAGAGACAGGUGUGAUAUAUUUAGUGGCAGUGACAGGUGUGAUAUAUUUAGAGACAGGUGUGAUAUACUUAGAAACAGGUGUGAUAUAUUUAGUGACAGUGACAGGUGUGAUAUAUUUAGAGACAUGUGAUAUAUUUAGAGACAGUGACAGGUGUGAUAUAUUUAGAGACAGGUGCGAUAUAUUUAGUGACAGUGACAGGUGUGAUAUACUUAGAAACAGGUGUGAUAUAUUUAGUGACAGUGACAGGUGUGAUAUAUUUAGAGACAUGUGAUAUAUUUAGAGACAGGUGUGAUAUAUUUAGUGGCAGUGACAGGUGUGAUAUAUUUAGAGACAGGUGUGAUAUACUUAGAAACAGGUGUGAUAUAUUUAGUGACAGUGACAGGUGUGAUAUAUUUAGAGACAUGUGAUAUAUUUAGUGACAGUGACAGGCGUGAUAUAUUUAGAAACAGGUGUGAUAUAUUUAGUGACAGUGACAGGUGUGAUAUAUACUUAGAGACAGGUGUGAUAUAUUUAGUGACAGGUGUGAUAUAUACUUAGAGACAGGUGUGAUAUACUUAGAGACAGGUGUGAUAUACUUAGAAACAGGUGUGAUAUAUUUAGUGACAGUGACAGGUGUGAUAUAUACUUAGAGACAGGUGUGAUAUACUUAGAAACAGGUGUGAUAUAUUAGGAGACGGUGACAGGUGUGAUAUAUACUUAGAGACAGGUGUGAUAUAUACUUAGAGACAGGUGUGAUAUACUUAGAAACAGGUGUGAUAUAUUAGGAGACAGGUGUGAUAUAUUUAGUGACAGUGACAGGUGUGAUAUAUUUAGAGACAUGUGAUAUAUUUAGUGACAGGUGUGAUAUAUUUAGUGACAGUGACAGGUGUGAUAUAUUUAGAGACAGGUGUGAUAAAUUUAGUGACAGGUGUGAUAUACUUAGAAACAGGUGUGAUAUAUUUAGUGACAGUGACAGGUGUGAUAUAUUUAGAGACAGGUGUGAUAAAUUUAGUGACAGGUGUGAUAUACUUAGAAACAGGUGUGAUAUAUUUAGUGACAGUGACAGGUGUGAUAUAUACUUAGAGACAGGUGUGAUAUAUUUAGUGACAGUGACAGGUGUGAUAUAUUUAGAGACAGGUGUGAUAUAUUUAGUGACAGGUGUGAUAUACUUAGAAACAGGUGUGAUAUAUUUAGAGACAGGUGUGAUAUAUUUAGAGACAGGUGUAAAUAUA